UCACAUGGGAGUCGCAGGGAACUGUGCUGGAACUGUCUCGUGACGUCCGUUGUGACAGCGCGCCAGCCAGGCAGGAGUUGCCCACAUGUGGAUGAAAGGAAAUCACGAAGUUGGACCAGGAUUUCAGCUCAACAGCUAACAAUGAAGAAAGAAAUAGCAGCUGUGGUAUUUUUCCUGAAGCGUUUGAUAAAGAAGGCUGAGAAGUUGGACCCAGAAAAAGUGGAUCGGUUUGUGGAGCGGCUAACUGUGGCACUGCAGGAAAAGUACAGGGGUCACUGGUAUCCAGACAACCCCAGCAAGGGCCAAGCAUUCAGAUGUAUCAGAGUUAACCGGUUUCAUAAAGAGGAUGCAGAUUUGCUAAGAGCUUGUGCUGAGAGCGGAGUGCAGUACAAAGAUCUUGGUUUGCCUAAAGAGCUCACCCUUUGGGUUGACCCUGGGGAGGUGUGCUGUAGGUAUGGUGAGAAGAACCAUGGCUUCACUGUGGCAAGUUUCUCAAGCGAUGUCGAUGAUGAUAAAGAGGAUGUGACUAAGAAAGUGACGAGCGCUGUGGAGAGGGUUACGUCAGAUUACCACUCUGGAUCCUCCUCGGAUGAGGACACCAGCUUUAGAGAGCCUCAGUUCACCCCAUCAUUCUACAACCACCCCCCAUACCAGCUUAUGUAUCCCAGUGCCCCAGUGUGGCAGCCUAUACCAAGGAGGAAAUUCAGCCCAGGAAAAGGCCACUACCUUCCACGGCCACACUACAUGAUUCGCCCCCCUUGUAGACCCAACCAUUCAUUUAAACCACACCGCUGGGUCCAGCAUGUGUACCACAGCAAGCAUGGAUACUAGGAAAGCACCCUCACUGAACACACCAACAUAGGUGACCACUGUAACUAUGUUAGUUUAUUGGUGUUAGUGUGAGGGUUGUUCAAUUGGAAAGUGUUGUUUUUUUUUAAGUUACUACUAAGAUGACUGACCAAAUUUUUUAUAAUGUAUUUUUGUAGUUCUAUUGUCACUCUAUUGACUUGUGACUUGUCUACUUUUUUUUUUAAAGAAAGAUAACAGUAACUGUUUGCACUUUAGAUUAUUGGUAAUAGAGCGUGUUUAAGGUAAACUUCAUAUAUAUUGGAUUAGGUAAUUUUCAUGCAUUUCGAUUUUUAUGGUAAUGUAAUAUUUGCUGUAUUUGUUAAAUGGGAUCAUUGUAAUUUGAUAACAUUUUAUGUAAUGUUUUUGUGAUAUGAUCCAAAUGUUUUAUUUAUUCACAGUAAAUUAUUAUGUAUUGCAUAGAUCACUUAAAUUAUGGAUAACAUUAAAAAAAAAUUCCAACUACAAAAUGUGGAACUUUUACAGUUUUGAUGAUGUAGUUUUGUUAAGAAACCACUAGGGGGCAGCAUGACGUUGUUUCAUUACAGUAUAACUGCACACUUGGAAUUGGGAGCAUAAAAUAUUUGACUUAUUUGCUGGACAGAACAUGACUGGCAAAAUUGGAGAAAGCUUUGCAAUUGCAGGUUUUUUUUUAUUUUAUUUAAUCAUUUUCUGAAGGAAUGCUGCUAAGCUAUUUUGAAAUGUAUAAUGUUUGUGAAAAUGCACAAGAGGCACUGAUCUUUUCCAAGUUCAGUAUGUUGGCCACGCCUUCCUCAACUCUGAGCACAGCAAACUGUUCUCAAACUCUGACCAAGUUUAAGAAGAAAUGACUGCACUUCAUGACUAUAAUUACAAACAGAGGCAUUGCUUAAGAACUCACUUCACUUUUCCCACACCCUGUUCUGUUGACUUAUACUAUUGUGUGUGGAUCCACAGUCUUCCUUGUAAUUGCAAGAAGGUUGUUGAUAUAUAGUGUACUGGUCAAUGCCAUUAGCACCUUAUGUCAAAACAUCACCAAAACAAACAGAAUAACAUUUGUGUUUCCAUCAUUGCAGUUGUUAUAUUUUGUAAUAUAUUACAAAAUAAUGAUGGCUAGGUCUAUACAAUGCAAGUGAUUUGUGACCAAAACAUUGAAGCUCCAAAAAGCACAAAGGCAGCAUAAAUAUACUACUACUACUGUAGUUUAAUCGGUGUCUUCAGAAGUGGGUACUUCCUAUAUAUGCAUUUUUUAGCUUUAAAAUUGUGGUACCCAUUCACUUUGUAUGGGCCAACAGAGCUGAGAUAUUCUUCUAAAUGUAGUUGUGUUCUACAGAAGAAAAUCGUACACAUCAAGGAAGGCAUGAGGGGUGAAAAUGAUGAGAGAAACUUUUGGGUGAACUUUUGUAUGUCAUGAUAGAGAGAGUUCUGAGUUCUACCACACUAUUCAUUA